AUGGACAUUCGUGGUCGUUUGACUGAGAUGUCGGCGUUGGAGGUGAAGUUGCAGUACAUUGGGCACUGGCAACAGCUCACAGGCAACGGGAUAAUUUACUUUGUGGCGCGAUUCGAAACCAGCGUCCCAGUCGCAACAGCACUUGGAUUGCCUGCUGACACUCCCGAUCAGGCCUACCGCAGUCUCUCCUUCCACAGCUCUCACAUCCAUCCCAACUCUCGUCAGGUCACCAUCUCCCUCAGUCGUCGUGAUGAGGUUGUCGGCAUUGGAAACGGGCGCGUCGCCAGGCAUGAUCCCAGUACUGGUGAAAUUCACGCAGCCUGGCGGUUAGAGAUGAUUCAGGGCUGGAACGUUAACCGAGAGUUAAACGAGCUAGUUCUUAUGCUCGCUCCAGCUGCAACCUCUCCCACCACCACCGCCACAAGUCCUGAUGCCACAAGGUCGCAGAUUGUCCCCUCUCCUUCACCCUCCACGGGUGGUAGAGUCGUGAUUCGACCAAUUGGCGUUCCAGUGCAGAAAGUGAGCGAGGUGCUGGGUGUAAACGUUUUCCUUAGCCUUCGUUCGCCCACCAAAAGUCAGGAAUUGGAUGAGGCUCUCUUCUAUCGCCUUAUUGGAGCCAGUCCAAUGAAAAGCCUUUAUGCCAAUGCAGUCUCCGCCACCGCUGCCACAACGCUACCUAGAUGA